GGAGAAGGAAAAGUCAGUUAGCAAGUGAGCACAGAGUGCACGUGGUGCUAUUUUUCAGUACACUUGAUCCAGAUGACAAAGUGGAAGUAUCAAGAUUGUGCAACUUAGAAUCCUUAAUCAAAAGCAUAUCUUCAUUCUUACCAAGGAGCCUGCAUCCGAUUGUUCAGAUGCUGAGUACUCUCUCCUGUGUGUACCAUACAAAAAAUGAAAUAAUUCAUUGGGCUUUUAAAUCACUUCUGAAUUAAUGAUUUGAAAAUAGCAACUAUCCAAACUAACCAGCAGCUGUGGUAUCUUUUAUUGGUUUAGAACUAUACUGUUGAACAGUAUAUUCAAAUGAAAUUAAGUAACAUUAUUUUAUUAAAGAACUGAAAUUACAUAAUCCUUCCAGUGACAGUAAUUCCAGUGACCAGUAAGGAAGGUACUGCUCACACACAUACCUCCACAGGAUUGUUUUCAUGGCUCUGGCCCACUGCACGUGGUUUAAAACACCAAACUAUAGUCCAGAAAGGAACUGAUUCAGGAGAGUUCUGAGGUGAUGUUUUUAUGGAAUACAACAAGCUACAUACCUUAGUAUUCUAUUCUGCAACGACCACACACAUAAGGAAGAGGCUUUCCUUGCACAAACACAGGCUGUUCCUAUCUAGGUCACUCCUGCAAACAUUAGCUCACUCUUACCAUAGACAAAGUAACAGUUUUUUUCUGUUUUCCCAGAGUUGUACUUCCUGGACUCAGCACAUCAGAUCAGAUAAUGCAGCUCUGUUAGCGUGGGACGUGGGUCAUAAAUGUUUUCAAAGUAACAUAAUAACUUCAGUUGCUCUAAACAAACUUUAAGCCUGUGCAUCCCGGAGAGAGAUGAACUGCUGGUGAAUGGCACCACGCUCAGAACAGCUUGGAUUUCCCUUGGCAGUGACACAUGGCCCUGGAGAGUCACCUGGAGGCAGAGAUGCUGGUCAUGCUGAAGCCCCGAGCUCUGCCCGUCCAACGAACGCUAUCAGGGGCUGCUGGGUGACGUGUAAAAGCGAUGGGCAGAAUGUGCUCCACUGCUGACAGCACAGCGAGAGCUUCUGACUAACAGUUUAAAAUGAGAGAAGAUAGAAGGAAGAGUUUAAAAUGCACUGCAUGCUGUUCAUUCUUGUGAGCUGGAAGAUUCCAUGUUGUGUGUAAUCCAACAGAAACAGUCUACCAGCUACUGCCACGUUUUCAUCUAUUGGUAAACAUCAGCUGCUGGUUGCUCUUAUGGGAGGAGGAUUGAAUUACUUCCAGAUGGAGAGUUCUUUCAGCCAAUUUAAAGCUUUCCAGCUGAUGUAAGACAGCAGGUAGAAAAAGAAUGGAAUAGAACACAUGAAGAGGCAUCUAAAGUUGAUUUUCAUACAGGAUGUUAUUUGGAGGACCAAAUACACUUUUGAAGACCACUGGAUAUGAAAGAUUAAUCACAUGAUAUUUUUCUUCCCUCCACGUACUGUUCCCUACGAAGUCAGUGUUGCUUUGUGUUAAGGACAGACAGUUUUGUUCUGUCAGUAUGUCGACUGUGACAAGUGCUGAGACGCCGGAGGAACCUAAUCCUCCUCUCCUUGAAGAAAAGCCAAAGGGAAAAUCACUAUUUAAUUUGGGUUCGCUCUUUGCUAACAGGAGUGAAAAAUUUGUAAUUGCUAGGAGUGAUAGCGUGCCAGAAGAGAACGUUCUGAAAAUAACUAUCACAGAGACUACGGUCAUUGAGUCAGACUUGGGCAUCUGGAACUCUCAUGCUCUCAUCUACCUCACUUUGUGGUUUUUCUUCAGCUUUUGCACUCUUUUUCUUAACAAAUACAUCCUUUCCUUACUGGAAGGAGAGCCCAGCAUGCUAGGUGCUGUUCAAAUGCUUUCAACCACCUUUAUUGGCUGUAUAAAAAUGUUUGUUCCAUGCUGCUUGUACCAGCACAAAACACGCAUCUCUUACCCACCCAAUUUCAUCAUGAUAAUGCUGUUUGUUGGACUGAUGAGAUUUGCAACAGUGGUCCUAGGGCUCGUCAGCUUGAAAAAUGUGGCAGUUUCAUUUGCAGAGACAGUUAAAAGUUCCGCACCUAUUUUUACUGUUAUCAUGUCUCGGAUGAUAUUAGGGGAAUACACUGGAUUGCUGGUUAAUCUCUCUCUCAUUCCAGUUAUGGGUGGGCUAGCUCUGUGUACAGCUACUGAAAUCAGUUUCAACAUUCUAGGUUUCUCGGCAGCUUUAUCUACUAAUAUAAUGGACUGUUUGCAGAAUGUCUUUUCCAAAAAAUUACUCAGUGGAGAUAAAUACAGAUUUUCGGCCCCAGAGCUUCAGUUCUAUACAAGUGCUGCUGCAGUGGUUAUGCUUAUUCCAGCUUGGAUAUUUUUCAUGGAUGUUCCAGUGAUUGGGAAAAGUGGAAGGAGUUUUAGCUACAACCAAGAUGUAGUUGUACUUCUCUUAAUAGAUGGAGUCUUGUUCCACCUGCAAAGUGUUACAGCCUAUGCUCUGAUGGGAAAAAUUUCUCCUGUGACUUUCAGUGUUGCCAGUACUGUGAAGCACGCACUGUCAAUCUGGCUAAGUAUUAUUGUGUUUGGUAACAAAAUCACAAGCCUCUCAGCCAUUGGGACUGUUCUAGUGACGGUGGGAGUUCUGCUUUAUAACAAGGCAAAGCAGCAUCAGCAGGAAACCAUACACAGCCUGGCAGCUGCAGCCCCACAGCCUGCACCAAGUACAGCUGAAGAUACUGAGCCACUGAUUGCCAAGGAUUUGAAACCAUAUGAUUGAUACGGCCACUUAUUCUUACAACAUAGUGCAACUCAAAGGGACUCUUCCCAGAAGUGAUUGUUUCUGCAACUGUUGACGCUGAUGUGGUUCCUUUGAGUUUCACAGCAAGUCAGGCCUGGGACUUGAAGCAGAGAGAGAAUGAUGACGAGAACCCAGGAAGCCUUGAUUUUCAGAGAAACUGAAACAGCAGAGGGCCUGGUGUUAUUUAAUGUGGUGAACGUGGGCUUUUUGAUCUCGUGACUGCGAAAAAACCACACAAGCCUAUAUUAGAGAAAGAACUUUGGUGUCUUGUAGGAAAAUUACUACUUCCUCCUUGCCCAAGAAAAAAAUGUGAAAACUUUGGCCCGUCACUGUAUUUGGCUUUCUUGCAGUGGAAUGAAAUUUCAAAGUGUUAGUUACUGUAUGGUGCAUCCUCCAUUAUCUGUUUGUGUUGCAGAGCUGGAAGAAGGAACCCCUCCCUUCCCCCAGCUCAUGUCUCAGCAAAUGGCUUAUUUUGGUAAAGCCCUCGUUGAAGUAAACUACAGACAUGAGUGCAUGUCUCAAAGCACAAUGAGCCACUAUUUCCAACUACAAAACUAGCAGUAGAUAGUCUUUUUUUUUUUUUUCUGAAACUCAAAAGGGAAAUAUUUCAUCCUGGUUAUGUAUUUACAGUAUUGAAAUGCAAAUGCACAGACAGUUGCACUGUGUAAACAGUGCUGAAGUACAUAUUUGCAGUUGCUUGCAGAUUAUCACCAAAAUCUGUGAUUUUGGUGUGAUAAGUCAGGAUAUCUGUAUUUCUAUCAGAAACCAUUUUAAUAUCUGAAUUUCCUGCAUUUUGUUAUGUGUUUUUUAACGAGGAAGUGAGCUUUUAUUUUGUAGCAUUGUUUGUAGGACUGCAACAAAAAUACUGCCUUUCAGAAACUCAGGGUUAUUACCCUAUGUACAAAGUAUUUCUGACAUUUCCAGUUAUGUAAGGAAUGUUGGGGGUAUCUGACAAAGCUGGAAGGGGACCAUGAGCUGAGGCUAAUCUGAGAAUUCUUCCUUUUUUGGAGAAGUUACAUUUCAUGGCUGACGGAGGUUAAAAGCCAACUUCUUGCCUUCCCUUUAAGGAAACCUGAAAUUUUAUUCAUUCGUUUUUGCAAGUAGAGCACAUGUAUCUACAGAACCCAUCACGUGGGCUUUUUGAUAACAAAAUUAACAAAAUGAGCUGAUUUUUAAUAAUUUCCUGUUUUGAAAGAGUGUAGCUUGGUGUUAAAAGCCUGCAUUUAAGUGUUCUUUAGGGUAAAAUACAAUUUCUAAUAGGAAGUUGCAUGGGGAGUUCUUAGGACAUUUCAGCUCCUGCUCACGCUUCCUAUGUGAGGUAUUCCAUUAGCAUGAAUUCCUGUGGAAGGCAAACGUGUCCCCAGGGCAGGCUGUGUGGGGGAGCCUGGCCUCAGGUUCAGUUUGAGCAGCAGCUGCCUGGUGUUGCCUGGCAGUACUUCAGGUUUACCCCUGGCUGUGGAUAUUUGCUUUGAGCAGAAGGGAAAUGUCCAUUUUUCAUCAUUGUGUGAUGUCUGUUCUGUUGUGUGGGUUUUUUGGUUGUUUUUGUUUUUGUUUUUUUUUUUGGUGCGUUGUCACUGCUC